AAGGGCGUGCGCGCUCCCGCUAAGCAGUGAACGCGAGUUUCGUGCGCGUCCCCGGCUGAAGGCGACUGCGGUAGCUGACGAGAAAACAAGCAAGCAGCGCUGAGGAGACAAGACGGGCACAGUUUACCUCCACAUCACAAGAUCAUAUACCGGAGCGGAAAUUUCAUGCCCUGCCGGGUUGUGUUACCGUUGGAGACAGCUGAGGAUAUCCACGGGCAUAAGCAAUAGGAUGCAGUGUAGACUUUGCUGGUGAUUGGUCUGCAGGCUCUCCGCUUCUAUCGUCCCUGGAGUCAGCCAGUUUGGGGGCAGAUUCCUGCGUUCCCCACUCUCAAGUCGGAGUCUUUGUUUGGACAGAACCUCCCGGCUGCCACUGGAGUACGCAGCUCGUCCCUGUCCGUGUUGCUCGGAUCUGCACAGCUCAUCUCCCGGCUGAGGAGAGCGCAGCAGCUGCACACGAUUCACGUUACCUACUGAUCCCUCCCGACCCCGCCCACACUGCCCUGUCACCAUGGUGCUGUCACAACGGCAACGGGAUGAACUAAAUCGAGCGAUAGCUGAUUAUCUACGUUCCAAUGGAUACGAAGAAGCAUAUUCCACUUUCAAGAAAGAGGCGGAAUUGGAUAAUAAUGAAGAAUUGGAUAAGAAGUAUGCUGGUCUCUUGGAAAAAAAAUGGACCUCAGUCAUCAGAUUACAAAAGAAGGUGAUGGAGCUGGAAUCCAAACUGAAUGAGGCUAAAGAAGAGAUCACCUUGGGUGGGCCUGUGAGUCAGAAGCGUGAUCCCAAAGAGUGGAUCCCUCGCCCACCAGAAAGGUACGCGCUGAGUGGCCACCGCAGCCCGGUCACGCGUGUCAUCUUCCACCCGGUCUUCAGCGUCAUGGUGUCCGCUUCGGAGGAUGCCACAAUAAAGGUCUGGGACUACGAGACAGGAGACUUUGAACGCACACUGAAAGGCCACACAGACUCCGUGCAGGACAUCUCAUUUGACCAGACUGGCAAGCUGCUGGCUUCCUGCUCUGCAGACAUGACGAUCAAACUGUGGGACUUCCAAGGCUUUGAGUGCAUCAGGACCAUGCAUGGACAUGACCACAACGUUUCUUCUGUAGCCAUCAUGCCCAAUGGGGAUCACAUCAUUUCUGCCUCCAGGGACAAAACCAUGAAAAUGUGGGAGGUGGCAACUGGAUACUGUGUGAAGACCUUUACAGGCCACAGGGAGUGGGUCCGUAUGGUGAGACCCAACCAGGACGGCACGCUGCUCGCCAGCUGCUCCAACGACCAGACAGUUCGCGUUUGGGUCGUGGCUACCAAAGAAUGUAAAGCUGAGCUGCGGGAGCAUGAACACGUGGUGGAGUGCAUCUCGUGGGCACCAGAGAGCGCCUAUCCUACCAUCCUCGACGCCACAGGCUCCGAGAGCAAGAAGAGCGGGAAGCCGGGCCCCUUUCUGCUCUCUGGCUCCAGAGACAAAACCAUCAAGAUGUGGGACAUCAGCACUGGGAUGUGCCUUAUGACACUGGUUGGACAUGACAACUGGGUGCGUGGGAUUCUCUUCCACCCUGGAGGAAAGUUCAUUGUGUCCUGUGCGGAUGACAAGACCCUGAGGAUCUGGGACUACAAGAACAAGCGCUGCCAGAAAACCCUUGGUGCCCACGAACACUUUGUUACCUCUCUGGAUUUCCACAAGGCCGCCCCCUUCGUGGUCACCGGGAGCGUAGAUCAAACAGUAAAAGUGUGGGAGUGCCGCUGAUUUUCAUCGUGGAGGACUGGACCAUCACCUUGAUCACCCAGGCUCUCCUCUAGGUCCCGCACCCCCCCUCCCUCCUGCCAUCCCACCCUUCCCUCUCAUCCCACCUCCCUCACCUGCCACCCAAACCCACCCUGCACAUCUUGGCCUCCUCCGGCUGCACUCACCACCCUGGUUAUUUACCCAUCGCGCUCUCUGGUCCAAUUAAUUUUGUCCUUCUGUGUAAAUUAUUCCUGGAUGUAGAUCGAGCUAUUAAAUGUUACACAAAAAAAGUAUUCUUGCAUGGUAAUCCAAAAUUGUAUACUGUAAAUUUACAUAACGUUGUCUAGAAGUACCAUAGGUUUAACACGGGGCUGAGCGUCUGUCACGCAGCCUUACCGACCGACCGACCGACCGAAGGCAGAUGUUUUUGACUGGGUGUAAACGUAGGGCACUAAAAACCGAUAAUUUAAGAAAUGACAGUGUCUUUAUGUGUAAGAUUUAUUUUGUCUAUUUUUGUAUUUAGUUUUUUUCUGUUAUUCCUCUCCUUCAUUGUCGUAGUCUGUUGGUGCCUAGCUUGGUGACAUGAAAAUAAGGCAGGAAAAGUGUGUACGACACGAUGAGAUGUGUGCGGGGCUUUGUUAUUGAGAUAAUCUGUAGCUUUAUAACAUCACUUCUCAAGUGUGCAUACUAUUGCUCUUCAUGUGGAACUAGGUAAAAUUUUAAUGACUAUGUGUGUGUAUGUAUAUGUAUGUGUGUGUAUGUAUGUAUGUGUAAAUAUAUAUAUAUAUAUACACACA